CAUCUAUAUACUGGUUGGAAAUGCCCAGCAUUCAAGGUAGGGAAUGUGCUCUUUUCUGCAGAGCGCUUGACAAUCUCGAACCAUCAGGCCCCUGUUUGCAACAGCCCACGUGGAAAGCAAACGAUUGUGGGACUCUCCUGCCCUUUCCGCAUCCAUGGCGACUGAAAAGUCCCUAGGCGAUGCCUACACCCAGGUGAUCCCUCCGUCGCCCAAGGAGGCCGAGAUAGCGACAGCUGCAGAGACUGUCUUCGAUGCCAACGUCCGAAAACGAGCACUACGCAAGGUCGACUUCUGGCUCGUUGGCUUCUACUCGACCGUCUACAUCUUCCGAGUCAUCGACUCGUCCAACUACUCCAAUGCAGCCAUCAUCAACCUCGAAGAUGGCACCGGUAUCAAGAAAGAACUUCAUCUCAAUGCAGCCAAGUGGGCAUGGACACUGUCAAUCUUCUCAUACAGCUACUUGAUCUUCGAACCCACCAACACGCUGCUGCUCAAGGCAUUUCGCCCCUCAAGAUGGAUGUUCGUCCUCAUCUUCAUGUGGGGUGUCUGCGCCUGUUCUGUCGCCGCCGUCAAAAGCUUUCAAGGCAUGAUGUGUGUUCGAUUCGCUAUCGGUGCCGCUGAGGCCGGGUUCUAUCCUGCCGUCAUAUAUCACAUGGCCUUCUGGUACCUGCCGCGCGAACUUCCCUGGCGUAUCGCGCUGUUCUACUCCGUCGGCCAAGUCUCAAGUGCUUUGAGUGGUCUGUUGGCGUACGCCAUCAGCUUCAUGGAUGGUCUGGGCCACUUAGCAGGAUGGCGUUGGCUGUUCUUAUUGGAAGGUCUUCCGGCACUUAUCCUUGCCGUCGUCGCGCUGCUUGGGCUGCCAGAUUAUCCGGAGACAGCUAAGAUGCUGAAAGAAGAUGAGCGGGCCUUCCUUGUCGAACGCCUGGCCUCUACCACACCAAAGGGUAAGAAGGGUCUCUGGGAUUGGGCCUCCUUAAAGGUCGUCCUUCUCGAUCCAAGUCUUUACACCUUCACGUUCUACUGGCUUGCUCACGGUAUCGGCGGGUUCGGUAUCUCUUAUGCCCUGCCAACUGUCAUUUACGACCUUGGCUUCACGACCACUGCCAAGUCUCAACUCAUGAACAUUCCACCAUACGUUUCCUGCUUCAUCUUACUCAACUCACUCGGCUAUAUGUUGCACAGGAAGUGGAUUAGACCAUGGACGACGGCUGUCUCGAUCGAAGGAACAACAAUAAUCUGCUACAUCAUCCUCAUCACCGUGCACAGCCCUGUGGUCAAAUAUCUUGCACUCAUUGUCGCCGUAUCCUGCGCUGGCUCUGCGUAUCCAGUCAUCUGGCCUGAACGUGUGAGAGCCCUUGAAGGUACUGUCGCCGCAGGUAUUGGUAUCGGCUGGACGAACGCCAUGGCACAAUUCGGUGGUAUUGUCGGGCCUCAUGUGUACAGCACCGUCUUUGGGCCAUCCUAUCGCGUCUCGUACGUGAUUUGCCUGUGCUUCCUGAUCGUGGCUAUCACUUCGAUUCUGCUGUCGUGGCUGUUUGUGUGGCGCAAGGACCGGAGGAGAGAACGGGCUGCUUUGGCAGAGUGA